CGCGGCCGCGCGCGCAGGGCCGCGCGCGGCGGCGACGGCGAGGUCGACGCCGCGGGGAUGGAACGCGAGGAGCGACAGUUUUCCGAUUUCCGCGCGCGCGCCGAGGACGAGCGUCGCCGCGAGCUCGAAAACCAAGAGCGCAUGAAACAGCGCUCCGCGUCGCUGUACGAGAGCAAGCGCGCGACGGAGCGCCGCGAGGCCACGGGGAGGGGCGUCCGCGCGGAGGAACGCGGCGGGAAGGUGGCAGCGCAGUUCGCGAAGAACGCGGAGAAGCUGCGCGCGGUCAAGGCGGCGCGCGACGUGGAAGAAGACGGGUCGGGGCGAGCCGCGCGCGCCCACCGGCUGCACGGGAACAAGCCGAACCCGUGCCGGACGCCGGUCCUGGAGCUCGUCGGCGACGCGUUCCAUCGGGUCGCGGACGGAGGGACGAAGAAGUUUAAAGGUGCGCGUGCACUUCUUCAUCAGCGCGGGCGCGCACGCGGGCGCGCCGGACGCGUUCGAAGUGGAAGCCUGUCGAGGCGGUGGUUUCGGCGGGAGGAGGCGGGUGACGAAGAGCGAAGAAGGAAGAGCGAAGCGGCGAUGCGCGAUGCGCGAUGCGAUGCGCGUCCACGACGACACGAGCGAAGAAGAAUAGACUAGACUAGACGACGACUACGCGUACGGUACGACGGGCGGACUCGCGAUGCGACUGAUGAUGAUGGAAACAGACGACAGACGUCACUCGUAUU